UUAUAUCAGCUCCCCUCAAAGAAUAACCCAACAUGAUUAAACCACUUACAGAGGCACAGAGCCAAAGAGGCGGAGCGAAGGAGGUCUUGGCUCUGGCGGGCAAAAAUGGCUCCCAUUUGGGGCACGUGACUACGUCCUCUCCAUAGGACCUUUUUUAAUGAAUAACAUGUCUCGUUUCUGAGAACUCAUUCUGGCAAAACAGCAACAAAAAUAUCUAGAAAAUGCAUUGCGAUAGAAGUAGGACUACAUAAACUAGGGGAACUAUUGGGAUCGUUAAAAUGUCGAGAAUAUUAAGUGUUCCUUGGUGACAGACUGGCAAAGAAGGAGGGAGGAAUCUCGAAAUAAGACAGCGUCGCCGGUGCUUUGCUCUUCUUAACUAUGUGUAAUCCCAAUUGCGAAAUUACGGAAAUGAUAUUCAUAGAAAGACAGAAGCUUUGGUUAUAGCCUCGGUCCUCGGCUAAAAAUGAUAUAGAUGACACCCAGUAAUCGGCUUUGCUGGAUGUCUCGACAAAAGAACUUUUGACACUAGCACCGUCUAAGCAGCCGUCGCGUAGUGAAUAGUGGCUCAGUAAGACAGUGGCCUCGUCCGUGGGCGGCCGGAGCGGGUUGGACGCCCACACCCGGAGAUGGUGUCCCUCAGGCCGCCCACACCGGACCAUGGGGACGUGCAGGGGACCUAGCAGUCCACCACAGCCACUGCGUCACUCUGGACGAACACCGGAGACUCUUCAUCUACGGGCUUGGGUUUGGGCUUUCGCUCUCGCGUGGAUGAUCUGCGGGGCGGCGAGCGGCGCGUGCCCGAGGGGCUGCGAGUGCAAGUGGAAGGACGGGAAGGAGACGGUGGCCUGCAUCAAGGCCGAGUUCAACGUCAUCCCGCGGAACCUCGACCCGUCCACUCAGGUGCUGGACCUCCAGUACAACAACCUCAAGGUGUUGCGCAAGGACGCCUUCGUUGACACGGGUCUCGUCAACCUCCAGAAGCUGUGGCUCAACUACUGCAACCUGCAGCACAUGGAACGCGGCGCUUUCAACAUGCUGGCCAAUCUGGUAGAGCUCGACCUGAGCCACAACCUGCUCCAAGUGGUGCCUACUGCCGCCCUCUGCGACGUGCCGGGCCUGCGGGACCUCCGCCUCGCCAGCAACGCCCUCACUUCCCUCCCCGAUGACGCGUUCUCUGCCACGCCGGAACUAGUUCGUCUAGAUUUGUCGAAUAACAGUAUAUAUAGUUUAGAAGAUAAUGCAUUUAGGGGUCUUGCAAGCUUAGAAGUGUUGAAGUUAACAGAUAACAGGCUAGUUCAUAUUAGUCAAGAGGUGUUGGUACCGCUUAUGGCGCUGCACGGCCUGCACCUGAACGAGAACCCGUGGAGGUGCGACUGCAGCUUGCGGCCUCUCCGCCGGUGGAUGAUAGACCACAAGAUCGCCGGGAUCGUGCCGCCGACCUGCGCCCGCCCGCGGCGCAUCAGCAGCCGCAGUUGGCACACGCUCGGCUUGAACGAGUUUGCGUGCGCCCCCGAGGUCAGCGCCAUCACGCCGCGGGUCAUGGCCUCAAGCGACGAGAGCGUGUCCCUCGCCUGCCGCUUGGAGGGGGACGUCGAGGCCAACGUCAGUUGGUUUCACGGGGAAAAACGCUACAAAGUGCGCUACAAGGUACGCGAUUCCGUCUUCAAUAACACUGCCAAAGUUUCUAAUCUGACCAUAGGAAAAGUGCGAGCCAAGGACCAGGGCAUCUACUGGUGCGUGGCGCAGAACAAGGCCGGGCGCGCCGAGGCCAACGUCACGCUGGAGGUGUCCAACGAGAUCAGCGAGUACCGCCUGGUGGCCAUCAACCCGGCCUACAUGACCGGGGGACUGCUGAGCGGCCUGGGCUUCCUCGUCACCAUCCUCCUCCUCGUCAGCUGCAUCAUCCAUCGCCGCCAGAGAGUCAGGAGGUUCCGCAGGCAGGAGGAGGACCGGGAGGGGCGGGAGAUGCUGGCGGCGGCUCAGUCUUCCAUGUCUCGGGGCUCCUCGGUGAUCGCGCAGCCCGAGGUGGCCGACUACCACGCCGUGCCCUCGGGGGACCUCGACGACGCGCCCCUGCACCCGCUGCAGGCCAAGCAGUCGUACCUGGGCCGCGGGGCCGCCAACGGCCACUACGCUCGCGAAAACUACACCGAAAAGAUCCAGCGCUACAGCGACGCCGUCUCCGACCCGCGCAGGUACAAGGACGACCUCGAGGUCGACCUCAGGCUCUCCCCAAGCACCGUGUCCUACGUCGAACUGGCCUCCAACGACCUGGCGAGGACGCGCAGUGACCUCGGGGAGAAGAUGAGCCUGAAGAACCUCGAGCACGAGACAGACAUCCUGCGGCGGGAGUGCAGUCCCACAGGCUCGGUCGUGUCCAUGAUCAGCACGGGGCCGUACCCCGACCUCCUGGACCUGCCUUACGUGCGCCGCCACGAGGAGUAUCAACAGGGCUUCCACUCUCUCAACUCCAACCUCGGUUCUAUCACCAGAAAACUCUGUGGGCCGAGUCUUUACCAUUACGCUGACCGCCACCGUGACUUCCCGUCAUACGAUAGGAGUUCACUAAGCGCGAGGUGCUACAGCGACCUCAACCUGACCAUGGGCGAGCCGGCUUCCCACGCCUCCGUUCACCCGCGGCUGCGACGCAUCUCCACCCGCCACCCGUCGCUGCCCACCACGCCCUUGCCCGACGCGGAGGACACGCCCAUCAUGCACGAUCACGACGCCCGCAAGCUCAGGAGGAGGAUGGCUAUGAAUAGGGGCGGUUACCACUCCCUGGAGGGCGCCGGCGACUUCAGCAUAUCCAACCCUUACCGCUACCAGUUCCGGUCGGCGCGGCUGGAGAAGUUCCUGCAGGAGCACCGGAGUCUUCAGGAGCACCUCUACCGCUCCAAGGGAUCCCGGGACGGCGUCAUCCGAGCAGGCUCCUCCUCCAGACUCCCGACGUACCUGGGCAGCCUGGACACCGCGAGAGGAACGUCCCACUACGGCGAGCCUUCUUCCACUUGCUCGUCGCCGUAUCUGGACGUCGAGCUGGGCGUCCCGCAAACCCGAGGAUUGGCGCACGAGUCUGUCGUGGGCCUGGGCAGCCUAGGUCACAGAGACGCCCACAGAGAGCUGAGGCAGAGCAGGUCUCUCUCUUCUGCCGACCCUCUCAUCGACAGCCUGUCGAGUAGGACCCUCGCGACGCCGGACUCCAUCAUGGACGUUUUGCAAGGGCGGUCACUCAGUCCGACUGAAACGGUGAUCGACGUGGUGCGGGGCAGGACGCUCGGUCCCACGGAGUCCGUCGUGGAUGUCAUCAAGGGGAGGCCCCUGGGCUCGUCCGAAUCCAUGAGGGAAGUGACGAAGGGAAGGUCGUUAGACACCAACGAGGUCAUCAGGGACGCGAUCCACAGAAGGUCCCUGGACCGAGGCGACGCCAUGGUGGACGCCAUGCACAGACGGUCCAUGGACCGGGGCGAGUCCGUGAUGGAGAUGAUGCAGUCGCGGACUAUGGCGCAGAACGACGCCAUCGCCGACGUGAUGCAGCGGUCUCUGGACAGGGGCGACUCCAUGGUGGACGCGCUCCACAGACGCUCGUUCGAUCACAGCGACGCCGUGGUGGACGCGAUCCACAGAAGAUCCUUGGACCGAGGAGAGUCCGUCGCCGACGUGAUCCACGCGAGAUCCCUAGCUCAGAGUGACUCCAUCUCCGACGUGAUCCCCGGAGACACUCAGAGGCAACCCGAGCCCCUCAGGUCCAUCUUGAAGAACAGGUACGAGGGAGGAGGACUGCUCUACCAGGGACAGUACUCCAACAGUGCCUACGGAGACGAGCGGAAGGGGUUGGCCGACACUGCCUAUAGUCCACCGGAUUAUAAAGAUUACCUUGAUUCUUGAGGGUUGGUGGAAUACCUAAACGAUAUCACGAAUUUUUUAUAAUGCAGUUUUUUCUCUUGUUGUGGUUGAACUUUAGAUCUCUUCUCGUUCGAGUAACUUACUCUUGCUCCAAAAAUAUGGUGUCGUAAUGUAACUCUUCCUUUCUUUCUUGUUGUAAGUAACUGACAGUUGAAUAGACUAAAAAAACAAAAGAAGAAAA